UAAAUAAUAGGAAACGAAUAAAAAAGUUAUUUAAUGAUUCGUUAUGUUUAAAAUUGUUUGCUAGAAAUAUUAUUUAUUUGUACAUACUGUAGUUUCAGAUCUGUUUUGCUAGUUUUACUUUAUUUUGUUUACAGAAAAUUUAAAAUAUGCCACAAUAUUUUCAAGUAUUAAAAUGUUAUAAGUGUUUUGUAUUUCAAGUACAUCAAAUGAAAAAAUCCAAUAAGUUUGAGUGUAAAUUAUGUGGAGAAAAGCAAUCAAUCAAGCGCCACUAUGGCCUAGGCACUGGUAAAGAAUGCAGGGUACACGUACAAAAACUUAAUAGUAUAAGGGGUGAAAUAAAUGAACUGAAAGAAUUACAUACCGAAAAUUUCGACAACGAUAAUGAAUUUGAAAAUUCAACAACUGUGCAUGAUAAUGAUACUGAUAAUGAUGCAUCUAUAAAAAGAGAAACCAAAUGGGCACAAUAUGUUAAUAAAGAACCUGUCGAAGUUAACAGUACUGAACCUAUGUAUCUUGGUGAUACUGAAGUAGUGUUAGAAGUGCCAAAGAAUGUUUCCAAAAAGAGAAAAAGAAUUCAUAAUAGAGAUAGAAUUAGUCCAAUAAAGUCACCUUUGAAUAAUUUUGAUGAGAUGGAUAAUGUUGGAUCAGGUGCAAAUGCAUUGUUUAGUAUGGAGUCUAAUAUUAAUAGAGAUUAUAUAGAAAGUGAUGAAAAUAAUGUUAAUAAUGAAAAUGAACAGACUACAAAGUUCUUAAGUUCAAAAAUCAAACGAUCGAAAUGGGGUCAGUAUAAUAAUGACAAUGCCUUGUUAUCAUUAGAAAAAUAUGAAAAACUAAAUUAUUCUCAAACUGGUGAAAAUGUUAAUGACAUAAAUACAUGUAGCCAAAAUGAGAAUUCCUUAUUAAAAUCAAAAAUAAAUUCUAUGGUAAACAGUGAUUGUGCUACUAAAAAUGUUCCAGUUAUUAAUAGGAAAUCUAAAUGGGCUCAGUAUAUAGAUGAAGAAGCAAAAAUAUUUGAAAAUUCUAACUUGUCUUUAUCUGAAAACAGCCAAAACAGAAACCAGGGCCUUUUCUCACUAUGUGAUGACAAUGAUUUGGAUUUUGUUUUAAAUGUUUGAUUUCAUUAUAAUAAUUUAAAUGUUUAAUUUCUCUACUAUAUUCAUUCCUAAUAAUGCAUAAAUACCUUUUGUUCCACAACAAUAA